AGGUGGAUACAUGUAUAUCAACAACUAUCUGUAAAAGAGAAGAUUAAACAAAAUCAUUAUUUUUCCUCUACAACCAUUGGUGUGUACAAAUUACCGUACUCUGGCUUUUUGUCGUCACUUUGAUUUACGAUAAACAGGUGAGGCGAUGGGAUUAAGCAAUGAGAAUAUAUGACCUGGAUUGACAUGACGCUCAGGUGAAUUGGAACGGAAGCCAUUUUUAGUCAAGGAAAACAACACUAGGUAAACUGUGCGCCGACGUGCAGUCUUGCUAUUACAUUCACUGGAAGAUGGUGUGAUGUUUUGCGUUUGGUUUUUGGAUUAAGUGAUUAUUUUUAAGUUCCCAGCAUGUUUUCACGAAGUGUGACAAUUGUACUCGGACUAUGUUACGUGGUUUGCACGUUACUACAAAUAACAGGGUUUGCUACCCCAGCCUGGGUAGUAAGCGAUUAUAAUGGAGAAAUUUACGAAUCAAAUGGACUGUGGUAUUGUAUUACAUGUCGAGAUGGUGGUGAAUGCGAGGCAAAAACUUAUCAGGAAAUUCACAAAGAAUAUAAGACGGCGGAAGGGGAUAUGGUAUAUGCAGACCAAGUUAGGGAGAUUGUGAUAGCGACACUGUCCGUGGCUUCUUCUCUGUUUGCCUGCGUUCUUCUCCUCAUCAACAUAUGCGUCAAAUACCAGCGACCGGUCCUUUCUCUGAUAUCUAUUCUGUUCACCUUUAUUUCAGCUUCGCUGCUAUGGACUAUAAUCGCAUCGACUUUGGUGCCAAUCGCAAUAGAGCAGACGAAGACAUACGGAUUUCCUUAUUCGCUGUUCCUGUCGGCUCUCGGCUCUUUCGGGUCAUUAGUACUUGCCAUAAUUUACCUGGUCAAACUGUUGCAGGUCAUGAACUCUCUUUCACCCACAUAUCAACCUCUUUAAGAAAGAGACAAUUAUGCUGUGGAAAAAUGAAUAAAUUGGAGCAACAGGAGUGUUUUAUUUGAUUAUAUAGUAUUUAUAUCUAAAAUACAUCAUGUUUCAUAUCAAGAAUAUACACAAUCGGUGAUUUUCUCAUAAAUCCACAUGUUUUGUUGCUUUAUUAUCUAUAUACAAUUGUAUAUAUUCUAUGUAUUGUCCCUACCUUGUUUAUUCUGCUGUUAUAAAUUAUAAUUGAAAUACAAUCACGUUAUUUGUUACGGUGCAUUUAACUUUACGCAUAUAUCUAUGUGAUAUGUAUUAUAUGUUAUUGUUUCUUUUUUUUCCCCAAACUCUUCACUUCACAAUUUUCCUCCAUGCCUCAACAUAAUUAUAUGGUUAAAAUCUAUUCUACUAUUUCUGUCACUUGGACAGAAAACAUAAAUUGAUCAAUUUAAAACACCAUCAACACUUGCAUAAUAAUAUAUUUAUAUUUUUAUUAACAACAUCUAUUUCACAAUGACAUAACUGCCAUUCCCGUUUUACAGAGAAAUGAAAAUUAUCUCCCUAAACUGCUACUUUUUUAGCUCGUCGUAUUUUAAAUGAACUUUUUAAAGUGUUCUUUCUUGUUAAAAAUAUUUUAUUUUACGUUUUGAUUAAUAUUUUUCGUUCAAAAAUUUAAAACAAUACCUGUUGUAAACUACCGUGUGAAAACACUUGUUAAUCUUUUCCGACAUUUAUUGCUACAAAAUAAAUCUAUUUUGUCAUCA